GAAAAAAGUAAAAAUUAUAUAUAGCCGUUAUCUACACAUACUAGUUUAUAAAAAUUCUAGUCUAAAUUAAAGCUAAACCCGCACAUUUCAAGAAGUAGAGAAAUUUGUGUUGUGAAUCAAAGGUUCAAAGGUUAACUGCAGCGUCGCCGCCAUGGGUAAGAAGAGUUCCAAAUUGAAGCAAGACACCAUCGAUCGUCUGACGACUGACACAUAUUUCACAGAAAAAGAAAUUCGACAAUGGCACAAAGGAUUCCUGAAAGACUGUCCCAAUGGUUUACUCACAGAGCAAGGUUUUAUAAAAAUCUACAAACAAUUCUUUCCGCAAGGCGAUCCCAGUAAAUUUGCCUCGCUGGUGUUUCGAGUGUUCGACGAGAAUAAUGAUGGCUCAAUAGAAUUUGAGGAGUUCAUACGCGCCCUCUCCGUGACAUCGAAGGGAAACUUGGAUGAGAAAUUACAAUGGGCUUUCCGGUUGUAUGACGUUGACAAUGACGGUUACAUAACGCGCGAGGAAAUGUACAAUAUUGUGGAUGCCAUAUACCAGAUGGUGGGUCAACAGCCGCAAUCGGAGGACGAGAAUACGCCACAGAAACGUGUUGAUAAAAUAUUCGAUCAAAUGGAUAAAAAUCAUGAUGGUAAAUUAACAUUAGAAGAAUUUCGUGAGGGUAGUAAAGCUGAUCCACGUAUAGUUCAGGCGUUAAGUUUAGGUGGUGGUUAAGACACGAAUGCCAACGAACGACGACACACUACGUAAACAAACGGACUGUAAAUUUAACAGAUAAUAUUUAUGAGAAACGGGAAAAGGGGAGUGUACGCCAGCGCAGCGCUGAAGAAAAUUUGUAUAACUAAUGACAAAAAUUAAAUAAAAAAAAAUAAAUUUCAUAAAUGGCACGCUGCAAUAAUUUACGCUGAACUUAAACAAUCCGUUUUUUACAAGAACUAUUAAAUUUUCUAAACCGAACUUUCAGUGUUAGAGAUUACUUACUUUUCGCGUAAAUAAA